AUGGAGCCAGUGGUGUGUGUGUCCCGUGCGCUGCGCGCCAUCACCCUGGAGGUGAUGCCCGCCUUCCUGCCCUCGAAGUGGCAGGUGGAGUCGCUGCUGCGCGGCAGCUGGCUCGGCGGAGCGUGGGCGCCCGUGGAGGUGGACUGCGCUCACGUGGAGGGCCCCGCGCCCGGGGGUCCAGCGCUGGUCCACGUGACCAUAUUGGGCCUGCAGCCCGACACAGACUACGAGUUCCGCUUCGUGCACGCCGGAGGCGGCGGUAGCGAGCUCCUGCGGUACGCCUGCCGCACGGCAGGGAGACCGGCCAUCCUGGAGGCCCCGUGCUGCUCCGACCCGAAGCCCGACGCAAUCACCGUCGAGUGGAGAGUCCCAGAGCCCGAGGGCAAGGACGCCGGCGUGCUGGAGUGCCAGCUGCAGUGCCGCCCAGACGUCUGGUUCAGCAGGUGGGAGGAGGUGGUCCCGAAGCGCAUGGGCGACUGGCGCAGCGGCCAGCGCUGGGCCGCCAGCGUCGGCGGGCUGAGCCCAGACACCGAGUACAUGUUCCGCGUGCGGGCGCGCAACUGCGCCGGCUGGUCGAGCGACUUCUCGGCGGUGGGCGUGGGCAGGACCUCCGAGCGGCCGCCGCCGCCCGUGGCCCUGCGGCAGGUGUCGCGGCUGCCGGGCCGCGCGGUGCUGGCCUUCGACGUCAUCGACCCCCCCGGCGCUCCCGUCGAGGACGUCCAGGCCGAGGUGCAUACCGGCCUGAAGUGGCGGGCGGUGGACCAGAGCAGCGUCCAGUUGCCCCCCGUGAGGGCCGACUCGCUCCGCGGCGCGCCCGUGGGCAGCCGGACCGGGCGGGUCACCGUCGGCGAGCUCCCCCCAGGCGUCGACUCCGUGGUGCGCCUGUGGGCCAAGAGUGCCGCGGGGGUCAGCGCCGCGCCCUCGGAGCCCGUGCACUGCACCCCCUCCUGCAGGCCGCCGCCACCAGAGGCGAUGCGGUGCACCGCGCGCCGGAAGAACUCCUUGGAGGUGGAGUGGCGGACGCGUGACGCGGAGGGCGCUCCCGUGACGGACUGCAUCGUGGAGCAUUGCAAGGCCGGCGACGUGUUCGCGGUCUGGCACGAGGUCCCGAAGGCCGACGUCCGACGGGUCUCCGGCAAGCCGAAUUCGGCCAGUUGGAGCGCGCGCCUGGAGGGCCUGGACGCCGAGACGCGCUACCUGGUGCGCGUGGCGGCGGGGAACAAGGUCGGCUGGUCCGAGGACGUGCACAGGCCCGUCGAGUGCCAGACGGCGGUCCGCCCGCCCGCCCCGUGCGCCAUCCGCUGCGCCAGCUACGCCCUGACGGAGGUGACGCUGGAGUUCGACGUGCCCAUGGAGCGCGCCCAGGCAGCGGGCGUGGAGGCCGUGAGCGCGAUAAGGGUGGAGCGCUCUGGCAUGCUGCAGUGGAUCCCGGCGCCCGAGGCCACCGUCGCGUUCGCAGCGCCGUCCGCGGAGGCUUGGUGGCCGUCGUCCCAGGAGGGCCAUGGCGGCCCUGGCGUCGCUCGGUGCUGCGCCACGGUCUCCGAGCUCACCCCAGGGACCUGGUACACGUUCCGUGUCUGGGUUGGCAACGAGAUCGGCUGGAGCAGGGACAUCCCGCCCACGGUCGAGUGCCACACCGCCCUGCUGCCCGAGGCGCCAGUGCGGCUACAGGCCCGCGCCUGCGGCCUGCACUCGCUGCAGACGCAGUGGCACGCCGUCGGCACGCAGGGCGCCCCGCUCAUCGACUGCGAGGUGCAGCUGCGCGAGGACUCGGUGCUCACCAGCUGGGACUGGCAGCCUGCGCGUGGCGGCGAGACGCUGCGGCGGCGCGGUGGGCGCAGCAGCACACGCUGGGGCCAGCUGUGCGACGGGCUGCGGCCAGCGACGGCAUACGUGCUGCGCGUGCGGGCGAGCAACGCCGUGGGCUGGUCAGGCUGGUCGGCCGAGGCGACCGCCAGGACGCCGUCUGCGCCGUGCAUCACCGUAUGCACGGCGCGGCCCACGGACCGCGAGGUGGAGGUGGAGGUCAGGGUCCCAGACCCAGAAGGUGCGCCGGUGAGAGCAUGCCUGGUCUCCUGCGCCGUCAGCGGGCGGAAGGCGCUGGGGCUCCGAGCAGGCAAGGGCUCCUGGUCCGCGAGGCUGCCGGCGCUCGCAGACACGGGCUCGCAGUUGCGGGGCCUGUCGGCCUGCGCCAUGAACGCCGCGGGCUGCAGCCUCAAGGCAGAGCCAGGCCCCGUGCCCGUCUUCACCGGCCUGGAGGCUGGCGGCCCGGCGGAGCAGAGCUCCGCAGUCCGCUGCUGCGUGGCCGCCCUCCUCGAGGACGAGCUCGCCAGGCAGCGGGCCGCUCACAGCGACCUCGAGGCGCUGGUGCAGGCCGCGGACGCGGCCGACGACGCGCCGCGCGGGGAGGCGUUGCGAAGGCGCCUGGCGGUGCUGGAGGCGGCGGCGCGCACCGCGCGCCAACUGCGAGGGCGGAUAGAGCCCGCGCAGCCCGAGGAGGGGCAGGGCUUCGGCAGCUGGGCGGACAGGUGCAGGGCGGUGCUGAAGGCGGGUGGCACGGCCGACCCUGGGGCCUGGGCGGCCGCGGACGAGCUGUCCCAGGCGGAAAGGCUGCUGGAGGGCUUCGAGCUGCUGGCAGAGGGCGGGGUGUGGCUCGAGCAGCUCGGGCGGCACCUGCUAGAGCCGCUGUGGGGGCGCAUCUGCGGACACGCGGAGGCCUCGCCGAAGUCGGCCCGGGUCUUCCAGAUGUGGGCGAGGCAGCGGCAGGAUUGGUCGCAGCGCUUCGACCGGCAGCUCCUGAACCUGUGGCAGGACGCGCUGCAGACCGCCCUGCAGCUGCUCUCCGCCGUGGCCUCUGGUGGCGACGCCCGCGCCGCGGCCGAGAACCUGCGGCGGGACGCCUCGGCCCUGCUGUCGAUGAGGGAGGCCUGCGACGAGCAGCUUCGGAAGCUGCGGUCCGCCGUGGAGCGGCUGGAGCAGGUUACGGCCGACGGCAGCGCCGCGCAGAGCUUCGACGAAGUCACGGUGCUCGACAAGAUCUCCCAGACCGCCCUGAGCGUGCUCCUGAGCGCGGUAAUGCCCGUCCCUGGCUCGCUCGAGCUGGGCGUGGUGUCCAUCGGCGCGCUCUGGCUCGAGGACGAUGCCGCUGGGCGCCACGUCGCCGUGGAGCACUCGAAGGACUCCGGCGCCGAGGGGCCGCUGCAACGCUUCGGGCAGCGCCCAGGGGCCCGGGCCGCGGCGCUCUUGCAGGAGUGGGCCGCGGGCGGCCACGGCGACUCGGUGCUGGUGCACAACGCCACAGCCCGCCGCGUCACCGUGAAGCUCUUGGACAGGGAAGAGGGGAUGGCCGCGCGGACGUACUCCAAGAUGCAGCGGGCCCACCCGAUGGUGCGCGUGGUCUCGAAGGCGAUCUCGGGCUUCGUCGGCGACGAGGCCACGGCCGCCGCGCUCCUGCUCGAGGUGGCGCCCGCCGACGUCGAGGCGCUGCGGCUGCCCAGCGGGCCUGGCGGCGGCGGGGCCCCCGCUGGCGACGGCGCAGGCGCGGGGCGCCCUGGCGGCUGCGAGGUCGGGGCCGCCGCGGGGGGCGAGGCGAGCCCGCAGGCGUUCGACCUCGAGUUCGCCUACGGCGCGGCCGGGCAGACGGAGUCGGCAGUCGGGCGCUUUCCCGUGCACGCCGGCAGCGCCAUCAGCUUCGUCUGCCUCAACCGCGAGGUGCUGAUCAACAACGUGGACGCGGCCACCGGGGCCGAUGCUCCGCAAGGCCCGGUGGCCCUCGCCAACCACGGCGCUGAGGCCGUGACGUUCCGCUUCUUCGCGGGCGGCGGGCAGCACCUCAGGCGCUUGUUCGAGAAGCCGCUGCUGGUCGCGACGCUGGCGGCCGGGGAGCAGCGCACGGUGGCCGUGCCGGCAGCCGCCGGCGCCGCGGGCGCGGGCGCCGAGGGCGCCGCCGCGGGCGCAGAGGACCCGCGCGCGGACGGGCUGCUCGACGUCGAGGUGCUGAGCGCAAGCGGCAAGACGCUGUGCAACGCGCGGCGGGGGCAAACGAUCACGUACGAGGGCAGCCUCUGA